AUGGGAAUAAUUACUGGCCCAAACUCAAGCUACGCAUACCGAAAUGACUUUAUAAGAGUUCGAAACGCCUACCAUGCAAAUACGCCUGAUCAAAAUAUCUCCGCAACACUCAGCUAUUGUAUAGAAUUAUGUUGGGGUUCGCAAGAAUGUAAGUCCUUUGCAUACAACAAUGACGCAAGUAGAUGCCUGAUAUAUAGUGUGACGUCAGAAGAAAAACUCCUAUUGUAUCAUGCCAAUACUCAUUACUAUCAAAAGAAGAAGAACUACAACAAUAUCGGAACUUGCCCACUGAAUAUCGUUUAUAGGGCUACUUCUGAACAUGAUUAUAUUGUCUCAAAAAGUGAGUUAUCACUUCCUGAAUGCUUGUCAGCAUGUUACGAUAAUUCCUCAUGUAAUAUUAUCAACUACAGCAUGAAAAAUCAGCACUGUGCCAUAUGUCAUACUAAUUCUCUUGACAAAUCUGCAAUAUUUACUGAAUAUCGAUGGCAAGUCAUAUACGUUAACAGAACUCGUCUCCUGUCUGUUCCGAAGCAUCAGCUAAUGAGCUUAUACACCAUGGGAUGCAACCCAUGAGUGCUAUAUAAAUUAUACUUCCCAAAAAAUCACAGAGACAACUCCUCGUCAAGGUCCGCUGACUAUACUCUGCAAUGGAAUCAAUAUGACUUUAUCAGAGCUCUUUAUACAUAUACUGGCACAUCUAAAAUUCAAUGCGCAGCAAAAUGUCUUUCCCAAACAGAUUGUGCCGCAUUUUAUUAUUCCAGUAACUAUUGUUCCCUACAGGCUUACUUGUGAGGCUUCAGAGAAAUUUUGACUUUAGCAGGAUGUGUUAAAAAGAAUGUAAAUUGACACUUCCCUUGGAACACUACGUUUUAGAAUUUAUCAGUAUGUGUGACAUUGUCAUGGUUGUAUUGAAUAUAUCACGUCCAAUUAAUUUGUAUUGUUUUUAAAUUAAGAAUAACACCACCACUUUAGUGUCAAGUUGCCAAUAUCAUACUUUACUUUUUCUGUUACUAACUAUAUACCUGUUGUGAACAUUCUCAUUCUUCUGCACCAGCUCGUCCUUGGGAUUCAUUCCAAGGAUGAAGCAGUUUUCUUUCUUCAAUUUUUGGGGAAAACCUCGAAUUCACAAAGAGACACUUUCUUAAAUAACUUAAUAUUCAUUGAGAAAUUUGUUAUCUCUCUGCAAUAACUUUAUAACUCGUGUUCAUUCAACUAUAGAGUUUAUUUUCUAUUAAUAUAU